AUGGCAGAUCACUCGAUCUCCCGCACUCCUUCCCCAAAACCAGCAUCUGAAAAUAUUCCUUCUAAAACCAUUAAUCACACAAUUCAUCCAGCCCUCACUGUCACCAACAUCACAAACUUCAUUAAAAUCACUCUUGAUAUCGAGAAAAGUCAAUACAACACAUGGUCUGAGUUGUUCAAAAUUCAUGCUCAGGCAUACGAGGUUCUUGAUCAUAUAAUUCCUCCCACCGAAACAAAUACUACCUCCUCUUCACCAUCCCUCAAAGAAACUGACCCAACCUUGUGGAAACGUCUUGAUGCCAUUGUUUUACAAUGGAUUUAUGGUACUAUUUCCACCGAUCUCCUCCACACCAUCAUUGAACGUGACUCUACUGCCCAACAAGCUUGGAACCGCCUUUUUGACAUUUUUUUUGAUAAUAAGAACUCCCGUGCUCUAUAUUUAGAGCAAGAAUUCUCAAGAGUCAACAUGGAACAAUUCUCAGAUGCUUCUUCCUACUGCCAACAUAUCAAGUCUCUUUCUGAUCAACUCUAUAACGUUGGUGCACCUGUUUCCGAAGAACGCAUGGUGCUUCAACUUGUCUCCGGCCUUUCGGAUGCUUAUGCUAAUGUUGGCACUCAAAUCCGCCACUCAGCGACUCUUCCUCGAAAAUAA